GAUUGCUGUCCAUUGGUCUUGCUAAAACUCAAAAACGGCUCAACCUAUUGUGAUAAUUUUUUUUGUGUUUGAAUGGGUUUCUAGAUGGUUUAGGUUCACAUUUGAACCCGGAUCAAACUCUAGCAUUGCAAGAAUAUCUGGGAUCAAGUUCAUCUCUAGAUCUCAAGUCUCAACCAGGUCCUUCCCUUGUUGAGAAUAUUACGACUACUGAAAUGCAAUAUCACAAAAAUCAAGCUGCAGCUCAAGAUCUCGAGUGUCAACCAGGUCCAUCUUUUUGCAAUGUUCUUAAGAACAUUACAAAUUCUUAUACACAGCACCACAAAAUGAUUGUCUGUAAAGAAAUACAGAAACAAACUUUUAAAAAAACUGACAGAGAAAAUUAUUUAUACAACAAAUGUAGAAGACAAGUGAAAAAAAUUUGUCAACUAAAAAGAACAAUUCAGAAGAUGAGAAAAGGAGAUGCCCUCAACAUUUUAGAAAAAAAUAAGUCUGUAGCAAAACUAAUGCAGAGGCUGACGCCGUCUUUUGCGCUGAUGCUACAGGCUCAAUUGAAAAAUGAUAAAAAGAAAUUUAAAGGCAGAAGGUGGACAUUCGACGAAAAAGUAAUCGCAUUGUGGUUAUUUAAAAGGUCCCCAACGUGCUACCGAUUAUUAAGAAGGAUGUGGUGCCUUCCAUCACCUAGCACAUUAAAUAAUUUAUUGAGGUUAUUUCUAACCUUAUUAUUAUUAUUAUUAUUGAGGUCUAACCAGUGUUGAAACAGCUAGACUAGUUUACUUUAGCUAUUUCCAUAGCGUAAUGUCGUAUGGUAUUUUGCUGUGGGGACACGCAGCUGACACUGAAAUUAUAUUUGUUUUACAGAAGAUGGCUAUAAGAGCAAUUUAUAAUUUAAAGCCUAAAGAGUCGCUGCGACAAAUAUUUAAGAAAAUUAAUAUAUUAAUUUUGGCCUUUCAAUACAUUUAUGAAAAUGUAAUGUACGUACACAAAAAUAAAAGUAGUUUUACAAACAUAAGUGAUAUUCAUUCUGUAAAUACUAGGAACAGACACAAGCUAAUAGUACCAGUUACUCUACUCCACCGAGUCAGUAAUUCAUUCUUGGGGCGAGUUAUACGCUUUUACAAAAAAAUUCCAGAAAAUAUACAAAAUUUGACUUGCUCAAAGUUCAAAAACUUUAUUAAACUAAGUUUGUAUAAAAAGGGUUAUUAUAAAGUUAAGGAAUUUAUGGAUGAUAAUAACCCCUGGGAAUGAGGUGAUCGCUACCAAGCUAUUUCUAAUUUGUUGUGUUGUUAAUUGUGUAACAUACAUGAUUGUAAGCUAUUUAAAAAAAACCGCUGGGUUUCUUGCUGGUUCUUCCCAGGACAGAGGUUUUUUUUCGAACCAGUGGUAAUUAAACAAAAGAGUGAUUUUCAAUAAGUAUUAUAUAUAAUCUAUAUUGAAUAAACAAGUUUAUGUUUCUGUUUCAAAUUGUCGACAUUUUUAUAUUUAAAUUGAGUAUAUAUUAUUAUAGUUAUUUUCUAUGUGAAAAUUGCAAGAAGUUUGCAUAAUUUAAACAUUGUUUUGUAAACUGUAAUUCCAAUAUGCCAACUUAUUUGAAUUUAAAACAUUUUUGUAUAGUUUAGUUAUAUUUUUUUUCCGUAUCUUUUUUUAUGGAGAAAUUAAUUUGUAAACAUAAAUUAAGAUUUACUAUACUUGCAAUCCAAACUUAUUAGUUUGGAUUCGUGAUGUCCCAGGCACUACAGCGUCUAGAAUAGCUGUUGUAAAAUUAUUGACGCUGUAUAAAUCAUCUUUAGAUGUAAAGGCCAAUUUUUCUAUUAAAACAAAAUUCAAAUUGUCGACAUAUUUUAUAUUUUAUUUAAAUUGAUUACAUAUUAUUGUAGUUAUUUUCUGUGUGAAUAUUGUAAGAAUUUUGCAUAAUUUAAACAUGUUUCAUUAAAUAUUAAGUUACGCUACACCUGUAAUUCCAAUAUACUAACUUAAAUGAAUUUAAAACAAUUUAAUAGGCUAAUUAUAUUUGUUUUUUUUUUCUAUAUCUUUUGUUAUGAAUAAAUGAAUUUGUAAGCA